AGCACUAGAGACCUAAACACUGCCGCUGUCACCGGCGAAGAAGAGAAAGCGGAAGACUGUCAAAUAAACGUGCGCUGUAGCGGAGAUUUGGUCGUGUGUUAUCUGGAAAUUUCUAGCAAGAGCUAUCUCUGUAGGGAAAACGACAGCGUGUGUAACCUUUUCGACAAAGCGACAUUAUAGUCAGCGUUAAACAUGUCUGUUAUUUCAGAGGAACAUGUUCGAGGUGGCAGCGUUUUCAAGGAUAUUAGCGCAGACGACGACGACUGGCAGCCCACUGAGAUUGAGAGCCUGUGUAUGAACUGCUACAAGAACGGUACAACACGUUUGCUUCUGACCAAAAUCCCUUUCUUUAAAGAAAUAAUUCUGAGCUCCUUCAGCUGCGCCAACUGUGGCUGGACAAACACUGAAAUCCAGUCUGCGGGUCGGAUUCAAGAGCAAGGCGUGUGUUACACGCUUAAAGUCAAAACAAAAGAGGACCUAAACCGGGAGGUUGUAAAAGCAGACAGCGCGACCACAAGGAUCCCCGAGCUGGAUUUUGAAAUCCCUGCCUUCACUCAGAAGGGCUCUCUGUCUACCAUUGAGGGUCUUUUAGACAGAGCAGUCGCAGGAUUGGAGCAAGACCAGGUUGUGAGGCGAGCCACACAUCCUGAGGUGGCUGUGAAGAUAGAAGAAUUCAUCCAGAAGCUCAGGAAGCUAAAAGAGGUUGAAAAUGAGUUCACCCUGGUGAUUGAGGAUCCAUCUGGGAACAGUUUCGUGGAAAAUCCUGUAGCACCGCAAAAAGAUGAGGCUCUCACAGUAGCCUUCUUCAAGCGGACAGUCCAGCAGGAUAUACAGCUGGGAAUAAAGGCAGAUGAUGACCUGGAUGAGGAACCAGCUGGCAACGACCUGGAGACGAUGAGAAAUGAAGUUCUGACAUUCAACACUAACUGUCCCGAGUGCAACGCACCAGCCUCAACCAACAUGAAACUGGUCCAGAUCCCCCACUUCAAGGAGGUAAUCAUCAUGGCCACUAACUGUGACAGCUGUGGCCAUCGGACCAAUGAGGUGAAAUCAGGUGGAGCGACAGAGGCGCUUGGCACCAAGAUCACCCUGCACAUCACCGAUCCUUCAGACAUGACCCGAGAUUUGCUGAAGUCAGAGACGUGCGCCGUCAUCAUUCCAGAGCUGGAAUUCGAGCUGGGAAUGGCAGCCCUGGGUGGGAAGUUCACAACUCUUGAGGGCCUGCUGAAAGACAUCAAAGACCUGACUGUCUCCAAAAACCCCUUCAUCUGUGGGGACAGCAGCACUGCAGAUCGGAUACAGAAGCUGCGUGAGUUUGGAGAGAAAAUAGACAAGAUCAUUGUAGGAGAACUCGAUGUCCAUGUCAUCCUUGAUGACCCUGCAGGGAACAGCUAUUUACAGAAUGUCUACGCUCCGGAGCCAGAUCCCGAGAUGACUGUUGAGAAGUACGCCCGCUCGUUUCAACAGAAUGAAGAGCUGGGACUGAAUGACAUGAAGACUGAGAAUUAUGAAGAGAAAAAUAAUGUGCCAGCAGUACCUGGAGGGACUGAAUGAGUUUAUCUGUGCUAAUUAAUGUCCAAAAGAAAUCCCAGUAUAAUUAAGUUGCUCCAUAUUUUCGGCCACUUUGACUCAUUUUAAGUUAAACACUGGGUGAAUACUCCCUUUCAUUGGUAUGUUGAUCAAUGAGAAGAAUUCCAAGUUUUCUAAAUGUACUUUAAAAAUAAAAGGCAUAUAAUAAGUUGUAUAAUAACACAUUAAAAUGCUGUUGUUAAUCGUACAUCCUUGAUGACUUAGUGCAUUCUUGUGAAAUCCCUGAAGAUGGCACUGCAUUUACUCAGAUUAAAGUGAUGUUUUCCUUUUA